AUGAACGUAGCAGCUGACGCUUCGAACGAAUUCUUCCCAUACUAUACAUUUCAAACUGGUUUCUCGAUGCGUUUCUGUGAGUCAAGGCAAGAAAAAAUCGAACAAGAACAAUACAAUCAAACUCUAUCAAUACAACAUCAUCAAAUGAUAAUAAAUGCGAAUAAAAGCCGCGAGAAAAAAGCAGCAACAUUCCCAUUUGGAAAAUGUCGAAUUUGCCAAGAUGCAGCUACUGGCGUUCACUAUGGUGUUAUCACAUGUGAAGGGUGUAAAGGAUUCUUUAAACGAAGUAUAACACAAGAUUUACCGUACCGAUGUUUUUUUGGCAAUAAAUGUAUCAUUAAUAUGGAAACACGAAAUCGUUGUAAGGCAUGUCGAUUUAAGCAAUGCCUUCAACAAGGUAUGUCAAUGGAAAGUGUUAAAAUGGGACGAAUACCAAAGAAAGUUAAAGAAAAAGUAUUGAAAGAUUAUUAUGCACAACAAGAUAAAAUUUGUCAAUACGACCAACAGCCGUUAGACGAUAGUCAAAAUCAUGCAUUAUAUUACGAUGAUUGUUUCACUAGUUUUGAAAUGGAUAAUUACAAUUUCCCGCAUUUAUUAGGCGACUCGAUAUCGUCGCUAUCAUCGGUUUCAUCGCCAACUACGUCAAGUGUGAGUUUACAGCAAUCUAAUGAUUCCAAUCAAGAAAUUGGUAUUGAAUCACAAACAACAACGAGCAGUACAGAACAAUCAUUUUCCAUAUCGGAUUUGUUUGACUCGGCAAUAUCAUCAUCGAAUAUUCAAACAAAUCAAAUCGAUGAUAAACUAUCUUCACUUCAAUUGCCAAGUGUUUUCUAUGAAUCCCAUACAUUGGCAGACACAUAUUCCAAUGGGCGAUCACAAAAUUCCACGAACCUAUUACAUCAAAGAAUUCAAUUAAACAAUAACACGUACGAUGAUCGUUCACUGGAGAAUUUACAAAAUGAUGAUAGAAUAACCAUGUUGAACCUCAACCAAAACACGUUAACGGACGAUACAUUUAGUUGUGAACUACGUUAUUCAAACCAACAUUUGCAAGCAAUGAAAUAUCUAGCACUCAAACUUUGUCAGCCAUUCCUUGUGUUUGAACUUGAUUUUGAAGUAACAACUUUUUUUCGUUAUAUACGUUGGAAAAUGUUUAACUUUUAUUCACACCACACAAAACAAUUACAGAUUCUUAUAGAAAAGAUGUUUGACCAUAUUAAUUUUGGUAUAUCUAAUUAUUCCAACCAUAAUGUAACCAUCGAACAAAUGUGGAUAGAUGAUCAAGCUGUUAUGCCAAUAGACAUCGCUCAAUUAUUUGAUUUUGCUAAAGAUAUACCGGGCCUUCAUGAAUUGAAUGACAAAGAUUUCAAGCAUAUUUUGUAUAAUCGAACAUUUGAAUUUUGGACGAUAAUUUAUUAUCCAUUAUUUUACCAAAACGAAUCUUACAUAAUAACGACGAAUGGUCUACACUUGAAUCGUUAUUUUAUGACGCAACUCAUUGGGAACGAGACCACCGAUGCGUUACACAAAUUCUCUGAACGUCUUCAUCAAUUAAAUUUAACACCCGUUGAACACAGUCUUAUCAUUCCUAUAGUUCUUUGUUUACCAGAUGAAAACUUGAUUGAUGCAGAAAGUGUACAUCUCAUUAAAUAUUGCUAUAUGUAUGCACUUUACAUUCAAUUGUGUUCAACACGAACUGAAGAUGAAGCAAAAACAGUAUUUGAUGAGAUUCUUCAGACUACUAAUUCCAUAUCAAAGCUUAAUGAAUUAUGCAAGAAAAAUAUUCGAAUACUUGAGCUUGACAAGUAA